CUUAUCAAAUUCUAUCUGUUGCAGUUCAAAAAAUGUGCCGAACAGUACUCCCACGACAACGAGUUUGGACCACCGCGCAUUGUGGCUCACUUCCACGAGUGGCAGGCCGGCGUUGGUCUGAUAGCGCUCCGGACCCGGCACGUAGAUGUCGCCACCGUAUUCACGACCCAUGCCACACUACUGGGUCGAUACCUUUGUGCGGGUGCUACUGACUUCUACAACAACUUGGACAAGUUCCCGGUCGAUGAGGAAGCCGGUAAACGUCAAAUCUACCACCGGUACUGUCUGGAACGAGCUGCAUCUCACUUGAGUCAUGUGUUCACAACCGUAUCGGAGAUCACCGGGUACGAGUCGGAGCAUCUGCUUAAACGUAAACCGGACAUCAUUACCCCGAACGGGUUGAACGUUAAGAAGUUCUCUGCCAUUCACGAGUUCCAGAAUUUGCAUGCCAUGGCCAAGGAUAAAAUCCACGAAUUCACCCGUGGGCAUUUCUAUGGGCACUUCAACUUUGAUCUGGAUAAAACCCUCUACAUGUUCAUUGCCGGUCGAUACGAGUUCUCGAACAAGGGUGCCGAUGUCUUCAUCGAAGCACUUGCUCGACUCAACCAUAUGUUGAAGAGCAGUCUUCCGGAUGUUACGGUGGUGGCAUUUUUGAUUUUCCCAGCCAAAACGAACAACUUCAAUGUUGAAUCUUUGCGUGGCCAUGCCGUUACUAAGCAGCUACGUGAUACCAUCAACAGCAUCCAGCAGCAGGUUGGAAAGCGAAUGUACGACACUUGUUUGCAAGGACGCUUACCAGAAGGCGAUGAUCUUUUGACGAAGGAAGAUAUUGUCAAGAUCAAACGCUGUCUGUACUCGUUGCAGCGUGAUGGAAAUCCACCAGUUACAACCCAUAACGUGGUAGAUGACUGGAAUGAUCCGGUGCUGGAAUCGGUGCGUCGUUGUCAUCUCUUCAACACCAAGUACGAUCGGGUGAAGAUCGUUUUCCAUCCAGAGUUCCUUAACCAAACGAAUCCUCUGUUCGGUUUGGACUACGAGGAGUUCGUGCGUGGGUGUCAUUUGGGCGUUUUUCCGUCGUACUACGAACCAUGGGGCUACACACCUGCCGAAUGUACGGUCAUGGGUAUUCCCAGCAUCACGACUAAUCUCUCCGGUUUUGGUUGUUUCAUGCAAGAGCAUAUCGCCGAUCCCAAAUCGUACGGCAUCUACAUCGUCGAUCGUCGCCACGUAGCUGUUGAAGAGAGUGUUCAGCAGCUAGCAAAGUUCAUGUUUGACUUCUCUAAGCUUAAUCGACGUCAGAGAAUUAUCCAACGUAAUCGUACCGAGCGUUUGAGCGAUCUGCUCGAUUGGAGAAAUCUGGGAAUAUACUACCGCCAAGCGCGAAUCAAGGCACUGCAAGCUGUUUAUCCGGAUUACGUCGAUGAGUCUGAGAGUUAUCUGAAGCGUGCUGCCGACUUCAACUAUCCUCGUCCUGUUAGCGCCCCACCAAGCCCAAGCUCUUCCCGACACACCACUCCGGCUCCUUCAGUGCAUGGUUCCGACGAUGAACAGGAUUCCGUUAAUUCAGAGGAAGAGUUGGAAGAGCUAAGGAAGGACAACUGAGCGCCCUAGCGCUGCGGUUUGAAUAGGAAAAAAAAAGGAAAAAUGUAACUUCGUCACAAAUAAUCUUAGGCAUAUCCUAUUGAGCUGGGAAGCAGCAACAAUACAGAGAAGAAAUUGGAACCUACUCAAAAGCAUCGCCAUAUUAGGAAAUACUUGAAGGAUAGGCGACACCUUAAAAACCCCUUUUAUUUGUUAGGUUAAUGCUAAAUUUAUGUGUUAAGUUUUCACAGUCUAUAUAUUGGAUCAUCACAAAUUGUCCCGAAUUUAUCUUAACGUGUGUUCAGCCGAUGUGAAAAUCCGUUCCAUCAGGAGUUUUUAGAGCUUAUUUAUCAAUAGUUAUGUUAGAUCAGAUAGAGGAAAACUAAAAGCAAUGGGAAGUGAAGCGUUUUAUGUUAUUUUCUCAAUUGGAUGAUUUUUUAGGUUACACUUUAAUAU